CAGCGGCGGUGUACGGCUUGCAGCGCGGACAACCCCACCGAGCGUACCUAUAGACAAUAGGUCUACCUAAGCGGGGUGAAAGUCGCGCAAGCUCUGGCACAGUUCGGCCGGACAGUCGCUUCGCAUGCACGCGAACGCGCGUCGAUAUUCAGCCGCGACUGCAUCUUUUUUUUCUUUCAUGUCUCGACGGAGCUGCGGAGCCGUCGAACUGACGAAAAAUCACGAGCUGCAUCGUUUCUGACGAUGUAGCCUUCGACUGUGAGUAAGCUUCGAGCAAUAACAAGGCGGCAGAUCCAGUCACCUUAGCUUUUUUUCAAUUGAUACCUGUGCGGAAGGGUUGUCGCGUAUUCGUCGCAUAUUAAGCCUUGAAAGAGCUACGAGAGUUCGCUGCAAUGGAGGGUUUAAAGGCCAUGAUACCACUCAAUUUCUUCGAGUGUGCUCUCUGCAUACCCCAGUACUGCUGUGGGGCACUUUUUGGCAUUGGAUUUUGCGCCUACUAUUUCUUUGAAGUUGUUAAAACGCCGUUAUUAGUUUGCGCAAGAGGCCCCUUUUACGACUUCUUAAACGAGAAUGUGCCAAUUCUUAAAAGUAAAUUCUGGCCAACGCUAUGGUGCUUCGAGUCCCGAGCACAAACAAUAUUCGCAAGCAUCGUACGAGCACGAUAUCUGCCGCGUAUGAAGUAUCGAAGGGAACUCUUAACACUAUCGGAUGGCGGGAUAGUAGCUUUAGAUUGGGCAGAAGAAAAUACAAAUCCAACAUCGCCUAUCGUCAUAAUUCUGCCUGGCCUAACUGGUGCCAGCCAAGCGGAAUAUAUUAAAUGCCUCGUGUACGCGGCAAGAAAUUCUGGAAUAAAAUGUGUGAUAUUUAAUUAUAGAGGCAUGGGUGGAGUAAAGAUUAAAACGCCCAAAUUCUACUGCGCGUCCAGUUGCGAAGAUUUAGCCGAAGUUAUAGAUCAUGUGAAAAAACUACACCCGCACAUUUCUGUCGGGGCAACGGGUAUAUCUAUGGGAGGAUUACUACUUGGAAACUACUUAGCUCAAAAUGGCAGUGAUGCGAUUGGAAAACUGAAGGCAGCCUUGAUCAUAUCUGUGCCAAUGAAUAUAUUCGAAGCAACGAAAAGUAUCGAGAAACCAUACAUUAACUUGAUGCUAAACAAGUAUCUCUGUGAUAAUCUUCAAAGAAUUUUGCGACGUCAUGUUCACGAAGAAGAUGAUUUCCCUGAAUUGAAUUUGCAGGAAGUUUAUAAGAGUAAAACCGUCCGAGAAUUCGACGAGUCCUUUACGUCCAGACAUUUCGGCUUCAGAGAUGCUGAGCAUUACUAUUCUUAUGCGACUCUUCACAAUAAAUUACACCUCGUCGAAGUACCUUUACUCUGCUUGAGUGCAGCUGACGAUCCAUUCCAACCUUUGCAGGCAAUGCCUCUGCAAGAAGUUAGUAAAUCGAAGAAUGUAGCCCUGGUCGUAACGUCCAGAGGUGGUCAUAUUGGAUUUUUAGAAGGCUUUUGGCCUUUAAAAGAAGAGCAAUAUAUAGGAAAAAUAUUUUCACAAUACUUCACGGCGGUAUUUUCAGUAGGAGAUGAUCAUCCAGCAUUUUAGAGAUUUAAGCAUCACAUAUCACCUAAAUAUUAAUGUAUAUAAUACGAAUCGACGAAAUCAAUGAUAUCAGAGAAAAUAUAUUUAUAGACAACUUU